GAAGCGCGCGGUCUGCCCUCACCCCCUGCGUUUUUCCUUUGGCGUCACUUCCGGGCCGGUCGGCGGUACUUCCGCUUCCGGUAAAGGGGCCGGUCCGGAAGUGACGCGCAGCGGUGGCGACGGCGGCGGAGGGUCGCGGCCGCCAUGGGGGAGCUGAGCGACCUGGACCGGCAGAUCGAGCAGUUGCGACGCUGCGAGCUCAUCAAGGAGAGCGAGGUCAAGGCCCUUUGCGCCAAAGCCCGGGAGAUUUUGGUGGAGGAGAGUAACGUCCAGCGGGUCGAUUCCCCCGUCACCGUGUGCGGUGACAUCCACGGACAGUUCUAUGACCUCAAGGAGCUCUUCAGGGUUGGGGGGGACGUCCCCGAAACCAAUUACCUGUUCAUGGGGGACUUCGUGGAUCGGGGCUUCUACAGCGUCGAGACCUUCCUGCUGCUGCUGGCCCUCAAGGUCCGUUAUCCCGAUCGCAUCACGCUGAUCCGGGGGAACCACGAGAGCCGACAGAUCACCCAGGUCUACGGCUUCUACGACGAGUGUCUGCGCAAAUACGGCUCCGUCACCGUCUGGCGCUACUGCACCGAGAUUUUCGACUACCUCAGCCUCUCCGCCAUCAUCGACGGCAAGAUUUUCUGCGUGCACGGGGGCCUCUCGCCCUCCAUCCAGACACUGGACCAGAUCCGCACCAUCGACCGCAAGCAGGAGGUGCCCCACGACGGCCCCAUGUGUGAUCUCCUCUGGUCCGACCCCGAGGACACGACAGGCUGGGGCGUGUCCCCGCGAGGAGCCGGGUACCUGUUCGGCAGCGACGUGGUGGCCCAGUUCAACGCCUCCAAUGACAUCGACAUGAUCUGCCGGGCCCACCAGCUCGUCAUGGAAGGCUACAAGUGGCAUUUCAACGAGACCGUCCUCACCGUGUGGUCCGCCCCCAACUACUGCUACAGGUGUGGGAACGUGGCGGCCAUCUUGGAGCUGGACGAGCACCUGCAGAAAGAAUUCAUCAUCUUCGAGGCGGCGCCGCAGGAGACGCGGGGGAUCCCCUCCAAGAAGCCGGUGGCCGACUACUUCCUGUGACACCCCCCUGGCCCCGCCCAUGUCCCCAGUGGGUCACCCGCAUCCCCCGGGGCCACUUAGAGCCACCCUGGGGUCACCGUGUCCCCAAGGAGACAUGGGGUGUCCCCUCUAUGGUGGUCACCACUGGUGGCAUCUAGGGAGGGUUGGGGGUGUCGCCGUGUCCCUUCCUGGGUCACCAUGGUGUCACCCACGUUUCCUGGGGUCACCUAGAGCCACCCUGGGGCUACCAUGUCGCCAGAUGUUGGGUGUUCCCUCCACGAUGGCCGCUGAUGGUGGCAUCUAGGGAGGCUUCAGGACAACGUCCUGUUCCUCGUCUUCUGGGCCACCACGGUGUUCCCUGGGGUCACCUGGAGCCACCCCAGGGCCACUGCAUCCCCAGAUGUGGGGCGUCCCCGCUGACAUGGCCACUGGUGGUGGCAUCUAGGGAGGCUUCAGGACAACGUCCCGUUCCUUGUCCUCUCCUGGGUCACCACCGUGUCCCCUGGGGUCACCUAGAGCCACCCCCAUCCCCCAAAGUGGCCUUGUCCUCUCCUCUCCCCCCUGCCCCGGGUCACCCCCUCCUUGGGGACACCCUGCUCCCCUCCAUGUCCCUCGGGGUCACUGCGUGACCCUGGAGGUCACCCUUGACCUUUAGGGAUAACGUGACCUUUGGGGGACACCUGUGACCCUUGGGACGCCCCUCCCCCGCGCGCGUUUUGGGGUGAAAACGGGGAUUUUUUUUUCGACGCCGUUUCUGCUCCUUUUAGAUAAAAAAAAUGUCAAAAGCG